ACUUGUCACCAUGGUUGACCUUCGUAGUGGGAAGAGUACUAGCCCCUACACCCCUGAGCAGCAAGAACAGAUGGCCACCUUAGUGAGAGAGAACAAGGAGAGGAAGGAGCUCCUAAAAUAGGCGAAGUUAAAGACGAUCGCAAACGAGCAGGCAACAAAGAUGAAGAAACUGGAGGAGCAGAUGAAGAGAGUUCAGCAGGAGGAGGAAGAGAGGAGAAAGGCUGCCGAAGAGGAAGCAGUUGCAGAAGAAGCAAAACAGAGGAUGCGUAUUGAGAGUAGAGAGGGGAGUAGUGGCACGAAGAAGGACGAAGACGCAGGGUUGGAGAAGAAGAUUAGCAAGUGGAUAGCUAAUUUAUCGUUGGGGGAAGAUGAGGAGGCGGAGUUCUAUGUGCCCCAGGACGAAAGGGAUGCGUUAGCCAAGGAGCUCGCAGCAAUGGAUGACCCCCUGGAAAGACAAGAAAGAGAGGAGGAGAAAAAGGUGGAGUGGAAGUUGAGAAUGAAGAGGGAGAAGAAACGGAGGGAUGAAGUUAACAGAUUGACCGCAGAGGUGGCGAAGAUGAAGGAUUGUAGGCAGGAAGUGGAGGCCCAGGCAGACGACAAGGCCAAAUGGGAUAAGGUAUUGGGGUGCCUGGAGGUGCUGAGCGCAACAUGGAUGGAGGAGCGCCAGGCCAACAGGAGCCAAGAGGUAGCGUUGAGUGCCAUGCGGUCCGGAUUUAGAGAAUUCGCGCGCGAAAUGGUCACCCACGUUGGAGGGGAAGUCAGGCGGUUGAGAGAAAACGUGGGGAAGUUCUGUGAGGGUGCCAUUGAGGGCGCCAAAGUAGCAACCGCUGUUCAGGGCAAGGCCAGACCUCGCAAGGAGCCAGUCAAACUCAAGUUUCCCGAUGCCUAUGGUGGGAAAUCCGACAAGAACUUCGACAACUGGGAGGCUAGUGUAAACAACUACGUUUUCUUACAGCACAUCGUACAGGAUGAUCAGCCCACCAUGACGUACGAUGCGCUCAGUAGAGAGGUGGUGCUGUUUGAGGCUAAGCCCAUGCCAGUUACCACUUUCUGGCAUAAGGACUUAGACAAGGGGAAGAAGUGGAAGGGCCGUACCAUCUCAGGCCAAGUGAGGGCCAAGGACCAUAUGAUCCUUACCUUAGAGGAAGGUGGUACAGAUGAGGUCCCGUAUAGUCAGAUCGAAUGGGGCCUUGAGGAAGAGGACAGCAGCGUGGGACAGGGGAGGUCCUAUGCCGCCGUCGCGGCUGGAGGGAGGCUGCAAAGUAGAGGAGGAGGCCAGGGCCAAAGGGGCCAGGCCGAGGACUGGGCGCACAGGGGGUUGGCGGACAAGGGAACCGCCAAGUGGGAGGUAGGGGUCAAGGUCCCCCGCCAAAUCGUCAAGGCGUACUAUCGCCUAGAGAAGGAUGGGAAGGUGGAGAAAGUUCUCCAUUCCCUGACUCUCCUCGUACAGGAUGACCUUCCUUUCGAUAUAGUAUUGGGAAUGGAUUGGGGAGAGGCAGCAGGGGCCACACUUCACUUAAGAGAGCAUGAGUGUAGGCUCCCUAGUCCGCCAGGCGAGGUUAAGACUGCCCGCCUGUUUCAUGUGUCAGGUGCAGAUAACACUCUGGCACACUACUGUCUGAGUGCUCCCGCGUUCGCGCAACUAGUGAAAAAGGAGAAGUUAGAGGAGGAGGUCUUUGUAGUGUAUGUUAGACCUGUCACUGAGGCUAAGGAAGAGGUGACUUCCACAGAUCCAGCCAUUGCCAAGCUGCUGGAAGAGUUCAAAGAUUUGACUGAGUCUUCGACAGGAGUAGUGCCGCGAUCCAUCCAACACAGGAUAGAGAUAGAGCCUGGCAGUAGAACUCCUAAGGGAGCAGUCUACAGGAUGUCCCCUAGAGAGUUAGAGGAGUUACGCAAGCAGUUAGACGAACUCCUCGAGAAAGGUUGGAUCAGGCCCAGUUCGUCUCCUUUUGGAGCACCUGUUUUGUUUGUCCCCAAGAAGGAAGGAGAGCUUCGUAUGUGUAUAGACUACAGGGGUUUGAAUGCGAUUACAGUAAAGAAUGCUGAGCCACUGCCCAGGAUAGACGAUCUCUUAGAUCGGGUGCAGGGUUGCAAGUAUUUCUCUAAGAUAGACUUGAAGUCCGGAUACCAUUAGAUAGAGGUCCAUCCUGAUGACCAGUACAAGACUGCAUUCCGGACUAGA